UCCAUUGAAAUGGAACGAGAUGCCUUACCACUUCAUUUUGUUUCCACUACGCAGCAUGUGGUAGAUUCUUACAGUACUGUCUCAAGUACAGUGCAUCAUGCUGAGCCGCGUCACAGUACCCCAAAGUCUAAGAUUUACAGAUCACUUAAAGGGCAAUCCCCAUCUAACAAGUACUGUGGGACAUCUAAACCUGAGUCUGAAAAUAUGCAAGAUAUCAGCCAAACAGCCUCCCGCGAUGGACAAAGAAACACCCAGAGUCCAGGUGAUCAGCUGUCAGCUCAGAAAAUAUCACCUAAUAAGCUGAGGCAUAAUGUUACCAUUGACUUGGAAAGCAUCACCAUCCAGAAACAAAGAACGGAACUACAGUUGCUCAUGGCAGAACUGAGAGAUCGGGAUAAAGAACUUAAUGAAAUGGUAGCAGUACAUCAAAAACAGAUGUUAGCAUGGGAAGAAGGACGCCAAAGAGUGUUAACAUUGGAACAGAGGUGCACUAGGUUAGAAAAUGAAUUGCAGAAAAGAAAUGAUAUCAUCAGAACACUGACAAAAAGGAUAAAGUCAUUUGAGUCUCAGAGGCAUGAUUGUGAAACAACAUUGGAAAGUACACAACAGCAACUUCUGGAACAGACGCGAAAAGUAGCUGAGGCAUCAUUCCAGCGUCAGGCAUUGGAGGAGAAAAACCAGUCCCUCAACUCCUCAGUGUUGGAGUUGUCUUCGCAUGUUGGACAGUUGCAAGCACGCGAGCAGGAACUAAAUACUAUACUAAGGCUAAAGGAUAAAGACAUAAUAGAAGCUACAGAUCACAUCACACAGCUCACUUCUAAAUUCAAGAAAGUAGAAAUGGUACUUAGAGAAGCCAGAUUAAGGGAAUCUGAUGUCAAGAAAGAAAUGCAAGAAUGCAAGCAGCAACUGAAGCGAGAUAUAAGCCAACUAAAAGAUGACAUUUCGGAAAAAACAGCAGAAAAUAAUGACCAGAGGGAAGAAAUAAUCCGUCUGAAGCAGGAGAAUCAAUAUCUGCAGAAGGAGUUGUCCUUGACUGCUGAAAGAGAGAGAAGGAAAGAUCAGUUACUGGACUCUAUAAAAUCAAAGCAAGAAAGAGUGGAUAUGGAACUACGUAACCUUCGGCAGGUAUGA